AUAAAUAAUUACAUUUUUUUUUAUUGCGAAUGUGUUGUAUAAUUUUUAUACGCAUCGUCAUUUUAAUUUUGUUGGUGUGACUGUACAAAUGUUAUAAAUAUACUGGCAAACCUGAUUGGCUAAGGCUUUCAAACGAUAAUACGGAAAAAUAACAAACAAAGUUGCAGUUUUUAAUAAAUUUUCUAUUAAUUUUAUGGGAAUCCUGUAAUUUUGCUAGAGGGUCUUCUGAAACUUGGUGUCUAAAUAACAAAAUACUAGAUACGGAAAAUUUACAAUACUAUGUUUGGUGUGUGAGAGAUUACAUAGUAAUCAUAGGUUAGGAUUUUAGGGAUACAUACAAUUUUAAUAACAAAUCAUAAUAAUUUUACUUUAAUCGUAACACACAAUGCCUACGUGGAAUCAGAUACAAUCUCAGUUAAGAAAUCCAAACAAUCCUGUUGUAUUUUUCGACAUAACUGUAGGAACAACGGAAAUUGGUCGGAUGAUAUUCGAACUGUUUGCUGAUGUUGUCCCUAAAACUAGUGAGAAUUUUAGGGAGUUUUGUACAGGAGAGUAUCGCAGAGAUGGAGUACCUCUAGGCUACAAAGGAGCAACAUUCCAUAGAGUUAUCAAAGAUUUCAUGAUUCAAGGCGGCGAUUUUGUUAAUGGUGAUGGGACUGGAGUUAUGAGUAUUUAUGGCGGUAGCACAUUUGCAGAUGAAAACUUUAUGUUAAAACAUGAUUCCCCGGGACUACUAUCAAUGGCUAACAGUGGAAAAGACACCAAUGGUUGCCAGUUUUUUAUUACAUGUGCUAAGUGCAACUUCUUAGACAACAAGCAUGUGGUGUUUGGUAGAGUUAUAGAUGGGCUACUUGUAAUGAGAAAAAUAGAAAAUGUGCCAACAGGUCCGAAUAACAAACCCAAAAUACCUGUAACAAUAUCUCAAUGUGGACAAAUGUAAAUAAAAAACAUGUUUCAUAA